AUGAAGCUUGUGAGCUGGAAUGGACGUGAACUUGGGAGUGACAGUGCAUUCCGGAAUCUCUUCCGUUUAGUGUCUUCAUAUAAACAAGGUGGUAAUCCUGAUAGGGGCCCCUCGCCUAAUUUUAGGCAUCUCUUGGACUCUUUUAACCUUUUCCCGCUCGAGCCCGCGGGUCCCCUGCUCACCUGGAAUAACAGUGUGGCUGCCCCCAGAAACAUCCAAGAGCGAUUAGACUGGGGAAUCACUAAUAAUUCUUGGAUAGAUAUCUUCCUUGAGGCCACUCUUUCUCAUUUGGGUUUCUUUGGAUCUGACCACCCAGCCUUGGAAUUAGUCACUUCCCCCCCUCCGGGCUCUCGGAUGAAGGAUAAAAGUAAACGCUUUCACUUUGAAAAUGAGGAAACUUACUGGAAACAGCGCGUUAGGACUCAAUGGCUGGCUCAGGGGGACAAGAACACAAAAUUUUUUCACCAAUACGCCUCUCAUCAGAAAAAGAUCAACAAAAUUCAUAAACUCCAUUCGCCAAAUGGUGGCAUUAUCUCUGAUGAGGUGGGUAUCACUCGGGAGAUUGAAUCUCAUUUUGACCAACUUUUCUCUUCCUCGCACCCCGCUGAAGAGGAUAUGCAUAGAGCACUGAAAGGCAUUUCGUGUUCUUUAUCCGACUUGGAUAAAGCUCUUCUGACUGAAGAGUUUGCCCCUGACGAAAUUGAAAAAGCAUUUUUUCAACUUCCCCUAGACAAAGCCCCUGGCCCGGACAGAUUCAACUCUAACUUCUACAAGGCUACCUGGUCAACUGUCAGGAAUGACAUCCUUAACGCAGCCUCAAGUUUUCUCAAUGGCAACGGCGAUGUGGCUUCCCUGAACACCACUCUCAUCACGCUCAUUCCUAAAGUCAAGCAACCCACAUCUAUUUCUGAGUACCGACCUAUUAGCCUUUGCAACAUAGUUUAUAAAAUUAUCUCGAAGACAAUCGCCAAUAGACUCAAACUCGUCCUCAACAGCUUGAUCUCGCGCAAUCAGAGCGCGUUUCUCCCUGGUAGGCUCAUAUCGGACAACAUCAUUAUUGCCCAGGAGGUAGCGCACUCCAUCAAGCUUAAGUCCAGAGGGAAAUCAGGAUGGAUGACGGUUAAACUCGAUAUGGCCAAAGCCUUUGACAGAGUGGAGUGGGCAUUUAUAGUGGCCAUACUCCGAAAAUUCCAAUUUCCCCACCGUUUCAUUCGAUUGAUCUUUGCCUGUAUCUCCACAGGCACGUUUCAAUUUAAUCUUAAUGGCAAAGUCGUUGGUAAUGUCAUUCCUUCUAGAGGUAUUUGCCAGGGUGACCCCCUUUCCCCUUACCUCUUUCUAUUGUGUGCGGAAGGAUUCUCCUCCCUCCUGCACCAGCAAGAAAGAAAUAAAACUCUUGUGGAUUUUAAAGUUGCUAGACGGGCCCCCACAAUCUCUCAUCUCCUGUUUGCGGAUGACAGUUUUCUUUUCUGUCAAGCUUCUAUCAGCUCUUGUAACACCAUCAAAGAUGUCCUGGAAGUGUAUGAGAGGGCCACCGGUCAGAAGGGCCACCUUCACAACUGGAAGAAUAAAGUAUUUUCAAAAGGAGGCAAAGAAAUCCUUCUCAAAUCCGUCAUUCAGGCCAUCCCAACGUAUUCUAUGGCUUGUUUUCGCCUCCCUGUAGCCACAUGCCAUUCUCUUGAGUCCAUUAUGGCCAACUUUUGGUGGGGUGUCAACGAAAAUAACCGCCCCAAGACUCACUUGCAAAGCUGGAAAAAGCUUUGCGAAUCCAAAAGGGAUGGCGGGUUAGGAUUUCGUUCGCUGGUACACUUUAAUCAAGCUUUGCUUGCAAAGCAAGCCUGGCGCAUCUUAAAACAACCAAACUCAACAGUGUCAAAAAUUUUGUCCGCUAGGUAUUACCCUCAUUCAUCUUUUCUCGAUAGCUCUCCAGGACACUCUCCAUCCUUCGUUUGGCGUAGCAUUUGCUGGGGAAAAGAGCUGCUGCACAAAGGAAUUAUAUCAAAAAUAGGUAAUGGGCAGAACACAUCCACAACCCGCGAUCAUUGGAUACCGGGCAUCCGUCAGGUUACCCCCAUUUCCCCCGUCCCUGACAAAGUUGAAUCGUUCAUCACUAAUUCUAUGACUUGGGAUAUAACCACCUUAAACAGAUUCUACCCGCCUCAUGUGGUUGAGCAAAUUCUUGCUAUUCCCCUCCCUCUUUCCCCUUCUCCUGAUGAUCAGAUUUGGGAAUUUUCAAAAUCUGGAGCGAACAAAGCGCUAAAAGGUCAAGCUCAAGAUCAGGCUCAUGCAAUUCUCAACCUGGCGCAUUCCUACCUGGCUGAGUUUAAUUCUUCUCUAUCGGCUUCAGCACCCACCUCCAGACCACAACAUUCUAUAGCCACCACAACUUGGUCUCCUCCGGCCUCAGGUCUUCUCAAGCUCAAUGUGGACGCAGCAGUUUCUAAGAUAGACGGAAAAGCGGGUUUUGGCGGUGUUAUCAGAAAUAGUGAAGGUUUGGUAGUUGCAGCCCUGGCCCAGCCUUACAUCGGGGGAGGAGCCGUCCUACUCUUGAAGCUAAAUUCCUCCUCUCUAUGCUGCGUUGGUGCAUCGACGAACAUUUCCUGGUCCAAGAGGUAG